UGUUGUGGACGAAAGAGGAAAAGCUCUUGGCAUCCUUCAUGCAGUAUGGCUGACCAGCUCUGAUAAACGCGCUAUUGCUUCUCCUUACUUUGCAGUUUUUGAGGCAUUGGAUAUUGAAGAAUGCAAACUCGAUUGA